CUUCUCUAACCAACAAGUGGUAUCAGAGCCCAUUAUCACGCAUUUGGGACCUAAAUUACGAUGGGAGAUAAGGAGGACUCUGGUGGAGGUGAUACUUCAGUCCAAGGAGGCAGCUCAACCCAAGAUUCUGGCAUUGCAGCGCAACGGGGAGCGCGUACAAGCCAGGGGUCACUGCUUAAGGAGGUGCUGAAGAGCUUCACCAUUGAGAAGUUCUCUGGAGAUGGCUAUGAUGAUUGGGCAUGGAAGAUGCAGCUCUACUUUCGACAAAUUGGCCUCUUGAAGCUCAUGAUUGGAACGGAGCCCAGGCCAAAGGAAAUGGCAGAGCAAGCGGACUGGGAUGAACGUUCAUCUGCUGGGUAUUAUCUACUGUCACAAAGCUUGGAGCUGAACCAGAGGCAUCACAUCAUGCAUCUGCUACCGGAAACUGAUUGUGGGCCCAAGGCAUGGGCAGUGCUCAAGGACCUGCACGCUCCGACAUCGGUUGCCGCUUCUCUCAUGCUGGAUCGGGAGCUGUCCAUGCUGCGGUUGAGCGAGAAUGAACCUGUGCAGCCCGUUCUGGACAAGAUGAGGGAACUCUACGCGAAAUUGGCGAUUGCGGGCAUCACGUACCCUGAGCAGACUAAGUGUCUCAAGAUGCUCAGCCUGCUGCCGGAGUCUUGGCUGCAAUUUAUAAGCGGACUCAGCUUGCCACAAAACCAAAGUCAAUGGACAUUGGAGUGGAUUCGCACCAAGAUUCUGGAAGAAGAUUUUCGUCGCUACACACUGCGCGGAGGUGAUGACAGCACCAGCGGCUAUGCCAUGCAAGGGACAUGGAGGGAUCGAGGGCGUGGCAAUCGCGGUCGCUCUUACUACAGCCAAGGUGGUCGCGGGACUUGGAACCAGCGGGGGCGUGGUGGCGCUGGUGCAAGAGGAAGAGGUGGUCACUCCAACAAUGACAACAGUGAACCACGCUUGAGGGGAGAGUGCUGGUAUUGCAAGGAAGAAGGGCAUCCAUGGUUUCGCUGCUCUACCAAGCCCGACUGGUGGACCCCUUGGAACCAAUCGCAAAAGGGGAAUGGAGGAAAGCAACCACGUGGAGGUGCCAACAUGGUAGCUGAUCCUGCUGAAGAAACCUCCAAGGAUGACAGAGGAAUGGGAAAUGAGGAGAGGAAUGCUGGACAGUUCUACCAUGUGUGUGACAAAGAUGACAGUGGCACAGCUGUUGCAAGGGCUGGAGAGGAAUUGCACCCGCUUGACAUGUGGGUCAUGGACUCUGGUGCUGCAUGGACAAUGACACCACGCAAGGAUUUGCUGGAUGCUGUGCGAGCGCCUCCAAUCUCUGAAGUGCGCUCAGCAUCCGGACAUGCAGUGAAGGUCGCUGGAGUUGGUCGAGCUGCAUUCAGAGCACCUGAUGGUGGACUGGUUGUGCUGAAGGAUGUGUUACUCGUACCGGGGCUGAAGGCCAAUCUGAUAUCGCUGCGCAAGCUAGGCCAGGCCGGAGUCAGCACCACCACCAAUGGAUCCAAAACAUUCAAGGGGCUGCGAGGAGAUCGUGUGUUAUGGGAUUUACACGAAAGCAGGGAUGUCUUCAGAUCCAUGUGGCAGAUCCCUGCGCUGAUAUGGGAAUCAACAAAGAAGGAGCUGGGAGUAGUAAAGGCGGGAUCUGGAGUCCAGGGGGAGUGCAAUGCAGUUAGUGCUGCAGGAGUGAUGGUUUCUGCAAGGUCGGGGGAGACUGAUUGGGAAACCGCACACAGGCGUCUAGGGCAUGUGGCUAUGCCAUUGCUGCAGCAACUGCAUAAGGAAGAAGCAGUAAAGGGGCUGAAGCUUUCUGGGCAACCAAAUGAUACCAAGUGCGAGACGUGUCUGCUGAGCAAGUUCACACGGUUCCCCUUUCACGGCGUAGCUGGGCAGCACUGGAACUGGUGCACAUGGACCUGGUAGGACCUUUUCCAGUUCAAGGAAGAAAGGGGGAAAGAUACUUCCUAACAAUAGUUGAUGACUGGAGCCGGCUGAUGUGGGCAUACCCGUUGAAGCAGAAGGAUCAUGCUGCCUCAAUAAUA